AUGCGGAGACUAGCGCUAGUUCUUCUGCCCUGUGCUCUCGCCGUACUGGUGCACUUGUGGUUGGUUCAACAACGGUGCUCAGCGCCGCUGGACAACGACACGCACUCGGAUGGGGUGGUACCAUCCUAUGAAGUUCUGGUGGGAGUGCUAUCAGCCAGGCAGCAUUACAAACUGCGACAAGCCAUAAGGGACACCUGGCUGGGCUAUCUGCACCAACACCCUCACUUCAAGCACAGAGUGGGGGUGAAGUUUAUUGUGGGCAAACAUGGGUGUCCCAUCCCUGAGGAGGACAGAGAAGAUCCUUACUCCUGCUCCCUACUCAACAUCACCGAGCCAGAGGCAGGACAGGAUGCUGAGAGAGAAAUUGUGAUGGUGAACGACCCUGCUGUGCUGGUCCCUGCUGAUGUGUCUGCUAUUGCCCUGGAUUUUAAAGUGCUCCAUCCGGUGGUGAUCACCAGGCUGGGAGUGUUUCCCCGAGGAACCCAGCCUGAACUUAAGAGCAAUGUGACUGUAAAGCUCCUGCAGCUGGAUCAGGAGGAGGCUGUAGUAACGGCUCGCUUCAACCCCAUCAGCACAGGGACCCUUGUAAGCGGAAUAUGGUACAAACCAGUGGAGCAGUUUAUCUUGCCCAAGGGCUUCGAGGGGACGCUAGUAUGGGAGAGUUCAGACUCUGAUGUACUGACCACAGUCAAUGCGUCCUGUGUGCAGCUUAACGAUGGAGGAGGCGUACUUAAGAUCACUUCUAUUGCAGAAGGAAUACUGCCCCAUCGAAGUGCACUUGGAUUUCCUGGCUUGGCCGGAGGAUUCACCUUUACCAUUUACGACCGGCGCAGUCUGUCUGAGCACCUGCGGGGCCGUCCAGCCAGGAUGGAGCAGCAUGCCUCGGGGCUAAGGCAGGAGAACGCCGCCUUGGAGCAAGAAAGCCUAAGGCACGGCGACAUGGUGUUCGUUGACGUAGUGGACACCUACAGGAACGUGCCUUCCAAACUGCUUCAGUUCUACAAAUGGUCAGUGGGAAACAUUGACUUCCGUUUGUUCCUGAAGACAGAUGACGAUUGUUAUAUUGAUGUGGACUCUGUACUAAUGAAGAUUGAGCACAAAGGACUCAAGCGCAGCAAUUUUUGGUGGGGAAAUUUCAGACAGAGCUGGGCAGUGGAUCGGAUUGGGAAGUGGCAAGAGCUGGAGUACGCCAGUCCCGCCUACCCGGCCUUUGCGUGCGGAUCUGGCUAUGUGGUGUCACGUGACUUGGUGCAGUGGCUCGCCAGUAAUUCGGAGAGUUUAAAGGCCUACCAGGGAGAAGAUGUGAGCAUGGGGAUAUGGAUGGCAGCUGUUGGACCACAGAAAUAUCAGGACCCCAGCUGGCUCUGCGAAAAAGAAUGCUACCUGGACAUGCUGUCGUCACCCCAGCACACAGCAGAGGAGCUACGUGUCCUGUGGGACAGGAAGAGGACAUGCGGUGACCCGUGCGGAUGUCCCUGGGGACUGUAA